CCCACACACAGACAGACAGACGGACAGACCCGCUGAAACCAAACAGGAGGACACAUGCGAGCCCGCAUAGCUGUGGUUAAAGAAUUUAAGAAGCAUUUAAACUGGGUGAACGCACGCCAUCUAGUCUGCAUUUUGGACUUUGGAAACGCUUGCAAUUUGUGAUGUGUUCGUGUAUUCCGAAUUCGUUCCAAUCAAAAACUCCAAAUGAUUAAAAAAAGAAAAACGACGAUCUGGCACAAUUUGAUGUCAGCCUGUGUCUUAAAUAUUAUUUAUGACCUGUUGAGCGCGUAUCAAUAUGGCCCCUUGGAAAAAAAACUGUGGCUAUUUUGAUACAUGAUAUUUUUGUAUUUGUAGAAUUUGCGCAUUUUAAAUACAUGACAUUCGUUCUAUGAUAUUGCACACACACACACACACACACACACACACACACACACACACACACAAAUAUAUAUGAUUGUAUAUAUUUGUAUAUAUAAACCAGCAAUUUAUUUUCCGCGAGAUUCCGCACAGUUUAUUUUGGAUCGGUAUGUUUUGGACCUAUAAAUCCUCAUCGAGAAUCACGCUCACAAUCACAAGUUUCGGCUGCAGAGUCUUAGAGUUUUGUAUUAUUUCACGUAACUGUCCGUUAUUUCAGACAGAAUGAAAUGUCCUAAAACUGAAGCACCAAAGCCACAGGCCUAACACAACACAUAUCACACUAGAACAAGAAAAACUGAGCUUUUGAACUUAGCUCAACAUGUGGAGCAAAUAUGUUAUUUUGGGUCGAAGCUAUAACCUCAUCGCACGGACCUGCAACAUUUACAAAAACAGAACAACUUUCAGUGAACUGUGGGAAUGAAUGGGUCCAUCAGAAUGAGGUCUGAGUUCUCCUGAUUUUUAAUUUGGAUUAUAAAUGUCUCCAGUGAAGCCGGGAGAUUUGAUCACGGGCGUUUUAAAUAUCAUUAUAGGUGGUUUAAAUAGCAUUGCUGAUUUCAGCUGUAACAAAUGAUUUACUUACGUUUGACAUACAAAAACAAAUCUAACUUCACUGUAAAUGAACGGGACUAAUUUAAAUCAUAAUGCCAACGUCUUAAUAGUUUACAGGAGAAAAGAAAAAAAAUAGUUAUCAACCUUUUAAAUGGCCUCUGUUUAUAAAUACAUACAAAUUCGGGUUUGUUUAAAGGCAAGAACAAUAUUUCACACACAAACUCUUCAACCUCAUACCUAGACUGAGAUCUAAAACGAUGACAAAAGAGAAAAACGCUAGUGAGGAUGUUAUUUCAUAGCGAUAACACCCUGAAAUAAUGUGCAAAGCAACAGAAAACAUCCUGAAUUUCGAUUAUUGUGUUAAACAAUUGUCCAUGUAAGUGAUUAGUUAUUUAUUAUGCCGCAAGAUGUUUUGUGCUAACAGUAAAUAAAAAAAAAGAAAAAGAAAGAAAGAAAACGAAGCAUUAUUCUUUACGUAAAUAUAUUUAAUUAAUUAUUUUUACACAAUAAUACAUAUCAUUAUAGGCCUUCUACUUGCGUACAGAUCUCCUCAUCUAGUUUAGACCGUGUUUCUCAUUUCAGAUGGAGAACCAGUUAAACAGUCUGCUGUGAGUGCACGAAGUUAACCAACUGACUCAACAAGACAGACGAAGUUUUCUGAUAGUUAUUUGAUAAUAUGAAGAAAGUUAUAAAUGAAUAAUAUGAGCAUACGAUUUAAAUGUGGCUGUAAUUCUACACAGGCAAAUAAACAUACUUUAUUAGGAUGUGUCCACUUUCUUUUUAGGAUCACUGUCUUACGUAUCCGCUCAAAUGAAAAAACGAACAUUUACUGUUUCAGUUUAUUCAGUUUACCUUUCCUUUACUGCCGUGAUUCCUUCGUAAAUAACACACCUAGCAGAGCUUACCUUGCUAAAUCUGUGGCAAGACAACGCAAACAGACACAAAGUGAACUCUGUCUAUUGACAAAUCCUCGAUGGCUUCAUCCACGCAGCAGUGACGAAAAGAACAUAACUCGACGGCUGAAUUAAUUUACUUUCAAACAUCGAAGUUCUGCGUUGAAACAAAAUUAAAAUGUUCAAAAGCCACGUAGGAGGGGGGAAAAAUAUCCUGCCGCAGGAGCAGCCUUCCUUUGUUCUUCCUGGUGUGGGCCUGCUGGUCUGACCGGCACAUGGUCGCUAGGUGGCGCCCUUGCUCCAUGAAAAAGCCCCCAGGUUUCCCAACUUGACCGCGCUGACGUCACGUCAGUCUGGAGCAUCAAGGCCACUUCCACGCCGCUAUUGGUCUGAAACUCACAUGACAUAUCUGCGAGCAUCCAUAAUUAUGUUACUGAUAUUUUUUGCACCCCCUCCAAAAGAUGUCAGCAUCCUACUGUCCUUAUUCUCCUCGGGUAAUCCUGUAGUUUAGACCAGUGGAACACAACAAACGAUUACUCUGUUGCCAAAUGCAAAAAAAAUGUCAUGUCCGAAUAACAUAGCGCCCGGUAACUUCCUGAUGGAUUCCUUAAUGGGAGGAUCAUCUUCCUUCAGGGGUGAGGGUUAUUCCAGCAACCCCGGAAUGUACAUCCACUCAGCUGCAGAGUACGGAUUUUCAGUGAUGAGAAACAUUGGGAAGGUUGGAUCAUCUUCACUCUCCAAAAGAGACGAUCUCACUCCCGGCGCUCUGCCGCUCAGCGGCUUCCAGGAUGCGCCCUACCUGUCAACACAGCUGGCCACAUGGACCCCAGGCUCCAAAACCAGUAGGGACGAACAACCUGUUGCCCAGUGUUUACAACCCUGCUCGUUUCCAGCGGGCAGCGUCAAAGAGGAGGCGUUUUGUUGCCUCUAUCAGGAUGACAGCAAUAAGGGGAAACAGACAACAGAGCCGGCCACUUACAUCCGGCUUGGGGACAAUAGCUGCCGGCCUGAGCAAACUGCCGCCUCGUCCAGCGGCUGUUUCCAGGUGUUCAACGGGGAGAGGCCGCAGCAGGACGGUCAGCAGUUCCCCUCCGGCUUCUCUCUGACCCACUUGGCGACAUCUGUUGAAUCAGCAGCAGAAUCGACAAUAAGUUGCAGCAAGUCGGCGCAAGAGACAGCGAGAGAGGCUUCAAAGCCAGAUGAGAAUCAGAGCAGUAAGGAAGAGAAGGCCAAAAGUGACAGCUGCUCAGAUAACUCGGACGUGGAAUUAAAAGAUGAAUUAUCCGCGGAAAAGACGGCGGGAAGCUGGUUAAAAGCCAAAAGUGGAAGGAAGAAGCGCUGUCCCUACACAAAGCACCAGACGCUGGAGCUGGAGAAGGAGUUCUUGUUCAACAUGUAUCUGUCUCGGGAGCGCCGCCUGGAGAUCAGCCGGAGUAUCAACCUGACCGACAGACAGGUCAAGAUCUGGUUCCAAAACAGACGCAUGAAACUGAAGAAGCUCAACAGGGAGAGCAGAGAAAGGGAGCAGGGGCCAGUUUACAACUACUCCUGAAGACAUUUUAAGCGAAACACACACACACACACACACACACACACACACACACACACACACACACACACACACACACACACACACACACAAAACAAACACACACAUACACGCACAUAAACACUUACUCAGACACAGACACGACAGGCACGGAUAUAGACAGACAUGCAUGCGUGUUAUUUUGUAAUGCUAAUAAAUCUAAUAGCCAUUUAUACAUUUCUCUUUAUGUGCACAACAAACUCCCACACAGACAUGCAUACACAUAGUGCCUUCCUAUUGUUGAUCGAUGAAAAAGCUGCAGCUUGCAGCAAGACCUGAGUUCCAAGUGAAUACUUCCAGCAUUGGAGCACUGAGGUGCUUGUAGUACUGAUUAUAAUAUUACACGAACCAAAGUAAAGGAAGAGGCAGCAUAUAAAUAACCAGUGGCAUGCUGCCUAUUAUGAAUGUUUUGCCACUUGUGUUGCUUCUUCGUUGGUGUCUGUUGCAUUUUGUGCAACAGUGUAAUGUGCAUGCACAAGAUGAUGUUAAGCUAUAUUAUGGCAAACGAUUCCAAAACAAUAAAAGGAGAGGGAAAUGGAAAGGUAUUACCAACUUUGUCCUUCCCCUGGCAUAGUGGUGAAAAUGAGAGGGAGGGAGAGACACUGCGGAUGAGAGAAGGAGAUCAUGGCAGUUUUAAUAGAAGUGAGAGACCAUAACGUUGAUUUAAAUAUUAUCCAGGUGACCACAGUAAGUCAAGGUCAUAAAAUUCUAAUGUCAGGUUCGCCCUGGAAAGCGUUGGGGGUGGAUUUUAUGAUCUGCAAAUAUAAUGUGCUGCAGCAGUAAAGAUGCGUUUAAAGGUGUGUGUGGAGGAGGGCUAAUCCACACAGCAGAGACUGCAAUGUGCAGGAUCCAGCCGGGGCGCUCGGCUGGAAGGAGCAGCCGCCUCCGCUCGGGAUAAUGGAGCUUCAUGGGAACGGGAGAUAAGGAAGAUGGUGGAUAAAAGGGACAGCGACCGCGAUGGCUGCAGGAACAAUAAUAACAGGCGUCACGGCAAACACGUGGAUAACAACGCACCUGGCAGGGGUCUGCAGGAGGCAAGUGAAGAGGGAUCUUCGGGACAGUCGCCGCCUCUACCAGCCGCCGCUGCCUGCGUUUAUCCCCCCCUCCGGAGGCAAUAAAACCGCGACUGGGAAGGCAAAAGGAUCAAGCAAGGCUGCUAGAAAAGACUUUUCCCUGCAAACAGACACCCUGCCUCCAUUAGCUCCUUAUCACCGGAAUGUGAGGACAGCCAGCAGUAUACGGGAGAUGCGCGCCGUGUUGAUAUUUCCCACUCGUCAUCGUGACCCCUCAUCUGCUGUGUUGGACCACGGUGACGCUACAAACUACAGAGAGCCUGCUCUGACAGUUCAUCGGGUCCAAAAUGAGUGGCACCGUGGAUUUCUCAGUGAG